CAGUGGUUCCGAUACGUCACUGUCCCCUUCCCUGUUUCUCCUGUUAUGUUGCUAUAUAGCAAAUUACUGAACAUUAUCAUGCACUGUGCUUUUUACUCUUUACAUUACGUUCUCGGGCUCAGUAGUGUAUCAUAUCGCGUUUAUACUUGGUCAUCGUGGUGAUCAUACAAUCUCUGUGCCUGCUUUGUUAAGUUUGAUAGUUGUCAAAUAAUAAUCGGAAGAACUGCGUAACUACGUCGCUAUGGCCUAUACAAACGGCAAGAAAACGACGAAUUAUAAUGACUUGGUCCAACAGACGCGGGAUGCUUACAACAGUGGAAAAACAAAACCGAUAGAAUGGAGAAUCAAGCAACUGAAUCAGCUUCUACGUAUGUUGAAGGAGACCUCGUCGAGUAUCACGGCUGCAUUAGAAGAGGACUUACGUAAAUCCAAAUUUGAGACGUACAUUACCGAAAUCGAAUAUGUAAUACAAGACAUUAAAUACACUCUUAUGCAUAUUAAAGAAUGGGCAGCAGUGGAGAAGCCUUCGAAGGGUCUGGCGUUCAUUUUCGACUCGAUGGAUAUCCGGAAGGACCCUUACGGAGUUGUACUGAUCAUUGGCGCAUGGAAUUAUCCAAUUCAGCUGACGUUGACUCCUAUGGUGGGUGCGAUUGCGGCUGGCAAUUGCGUAAUCCUGAAGCCAUCCGAAGUGGCAUCGGCAUCCUCAAGAUAUUUGUGUGAGACCAUCCCGAAGUAUUUGGACACGGAAUGUUACCAUGUAUUGGCUGGAGGAGUCUCUGAGACGACGGAGAUACUCAAGCAACGUUUCGAUUAUAUCUUUUACACCGGGUCUGCCACGGUCGGAAAAAUUGUGCGCGAGGCUGCCAAUAAACAUCUCACACCCGUUACAUUGGAGUUGGGUGGGAAGAGUCCUGUAUAUAUAGACAACACAGUGAACAUAGAAAUAGCGACAAAACGCAUUUUGUGGGGUAAAUGCAUAAACAGCGGUCAAACCUGCAUCGCUCCUGAUUACAUUCUUUGCACGCCGGAGGUGCAGGACAAAUUUAUCGAUAACGCUAAGAAAAUCCUGAAGGAAUGGUAUGGUGAAAAUCCACAAGAGAGUGCCGACCUUGUGCGCAUAGUCACGGACAAACAUUAUCAGCGACUUGUUGAUCUCUUAGACAACGGUAAAAUUGUUGUGGGCGGUAAUGUAAAUUCUACAGAAAAAUAUAUUGAGCCUACAGUACUCGUUGAUGUUAAAUCGACGGAUUCUGUCAUGCAACACGAGAUAUUCGGGCCGAUAUUGCCAAUAGUAAAUGUCAACAACGCAUACGAAGCAAUUGAAUUCAUCAACAAGCGUGAAAAUCCACUCGUGUUAUACAUAUUUUCGAAGAAUAAAGGGGUACGAGAUCUCAUUAUCAACCAAACUCGUAGCGGAGGAGUAUGCGUUAAUGAUACAUUAAUGCAUUUUAUCGUUGAAACCUUGCCUUUUGGAGGAAUAGGAAACUCUGGUAUGGGAGCCUAUCACGGAAAAUAUUCGUUUGACACGUUUACGCACCAAAAGGGUUGUUUGUAUCGGACUUACAACACACUGGGAGAGAAUUUGGCUCAAUGCCGUUAUCCACCAUAUUCUGAUACAAAGAUGAAUAUACUUAAACAAUUAUUGAAGAAAAGGGCAGGUAUUCCGGGCAUGAAAUAUUUGCCUUAUUUACUUAUGUUCGGCUUUGGUGUGCUUGCAACGAUCGGAUACAGAACAUUAUUAAAGGAAUUCAACUACAUGGAUGAGCAGCAAUAACUAUUCGGCUGUUAUGUUAAGAUUUUAAUUUGGUAUUUCAAUAACGAAAAGCAUAUGCAAACCAUGUUUAUCUGAAAUAUUAUAAUAAAAGUGACAUUUAACAACAGAAAAUAUGUAAUAUACUCACAUAUAUAUACACAUAUAAUAUGUAACCUUUU